AUGAGGGCUGGUCGUUCGCCUCUCACACGCUGCGGGUGCGCGUGCUGCGUGUUGCGUGCUGCGUGCAAAGUGUGGAGUGCGGAGUGCGGAGUUAAAAAGCAAAAGGGGGAGGAGAAUCGAGGGACUGCGGGAUUCCAGUGCUGUGGGAUUCACAACAUUGUCAGCUUAGCCCGCAAAGCGCUCCAACAGGUCGUUGAAUCCGAACGGCAGAUACGCCUUGAAGGUAGAGCUCUGCGAAGUCGAGAAGAUGUUAUAUUCCGUUCAAGAGUGAGAGGCUGGGAAGCACCGCCGAUGGAGGUGGUAAUUAGAGAACGAAGAGCAAGAUGCGAGUGGGGGUGA